AUGGCCGCCGCAUGGCUCAUACUGGUCUUUGCACUCGCCACGCUAUACAUCGCACGCAGUAUCCGGACAUUCAUCGCACUCAGGCAUUUCGGAGGUCAUUGGUCGGCGGGCUGGUCGAGACUAUGGCUGCUCAAGACGCAGAGCAGUGGGGAGAUGAACAAGAGGUUCACGAAGAUUACCGAUAAACAUGGCUCCACUGCUCGCAUUGGGCCGUCUAUGCUCAUCACAGCGGACCCAGUCCUCAUCCGCCGCAUGAGCGCCGCGAGGUCACCAUUCACACGUGGGCCGUGGUACGCUGCUCUGAAGCUUCACCCGGAGCGAGAGAACGUGGUCUCUAUCCGAGAUGAGAACAUCCACAAUGACCUGCGCAGCCGCAUGGGUUUUGGGUACGCCGGCAAGGAGAACGAGCACCUCGAGCAGGACGUCGAUGAGCAGCUACUCAAGCUUUUCGAUCUGAUCAACUCAAAGUACGUCACUCAACCGGACGAAGGCGUCUUCACGACUGUCGACCUCUCACAAGUGACCAACUACUUCACGCUCGAUGUCAUCUCUAAAGUGGCUUUCGGCCAGACCUUUGGCUUCCUCGAGCGCGAUGAGGAUCCGUUCGGCUACCUCAAGAACCUCGAACAGUUCCUCCCAGCCAUCAUCGUGUUCGGAGUCUACACAGAGCUCACGAAGAUCCUUAAGAUGCCUCUUAUGAAAUCUGCACUCCCCAAAUCGACUGACAAACGUGGCUUGGGCCGUGUGAUGGGCUUUGCGCGAGAUCGUGUGCAGGAGCGAUUCGGCCAAAAAGCUAUCGUAAGACAGGAUAUGCUUGGCUCUUUCAUCAAGCAUGGCCUUACGCAGGGUGAGCUGGAGAGCGAGACGCUUACGCAGAUUACCGCUGGCUCUGAUAGUACCGCUUCGGCGUUGCGGAUGACGCUGCACUUUAUCUGUACCUCGCCGCCAAUAUUGGAGCGUCUUUUGGCAGAAGUGAACGCGGCGAUGGAGGCAGGCAAGAUCUCGAGACCAGUCAUCAAAGAUUCCGAAGCUCGAGAACUUCCGUACCUGCAAGCAUGCAUCAAGGAAGGCUUACGCGUGUACCCUCCCGUCACUGGACUCAUGGCCAAGCUCGCCCCAGAAGGAGGUGUCACUGUCGACGUCGACGGAGUCGAGAAGUUCAUCCCCGCCGGAACGCAGAUCGGCUGGAACAGCUGGGGCAUGACGCGGCAUCAGGACAUCUUUGGGCCCGACUGCGAGAUCUACAGGCCGGAGAGGUGGUUACCUCGCAAUCGUGGGGAGGACGAGCAGCGGCGGAUCGGAAGGAUGACGGAGACGGUGGGAUUGUGCUUCGGGUAUGGGAAGUAUGGGUGCCUGGGGCGAGGGGUGGCGACGAUGGAGUUGAAUAAGGCUGUGAUUGAGGUAAACGCAUCCGAUCCUGCUCUCAGGACGAUGGAGCUAAUGAUGGAACAGACACUACUCCGCUUCAACCUGCAGCCGUGCAGCCUGGCGAAGCCGUUCAACGAGAUGGCUGUUGGAUUCUACAUUCACACCGACAUGAACUUCGUCGUGACAAAGCGGAGCAGUGACGAGGAGAAGAGCGCUCAUACGGGCAAGGAGGAAUUUGCGUUCGAUGCUGGAGCUCUGUAG